AUGAAUAGACUAUUAAUAUACCAUGCCAAAAAUAUAAUUGAUAAAAUGAACAUAACAUCAAAGACCUAUAUGGGGACUGAUCUACUAAAAAAUAGAUACUAUAUAACAUAUUCUGAAGAAGGAAAAGAAAAGAGAAGUGUAGAAUACUAUGAUGGUGAACCAAAUCCAAGAAACUUGCCACCAUUAUGGAAUAGUUGGUUAGGUUUUAGAAGAGAUAUAGCUCCAAGCUUUCAAGAGAUACAAAACGAAGAGACAAGACAACAAACGAUCAAAGUAAAAUCAAAGAUCAUCGAAGAAGAAGAUAGAAAAUUAAGAUUACAAGAAAAUGCUGAACGUGAAGAGUAUGUAUCAAAAAGAAGAGAAGAUUGGAAUAUCACACCAACUUUUAAUGAUUUACUCUCUUUCAAGACAAAUAAGAAGAAACAACAAAAUAAUAUUAAAGUAGAUCAAAUCGCUAGAGCUACAAAAAAACAACAAAAUAAUAUUUUAGUUUACCCUUCUUUAUACCUCCUUUACACUUCUUAUUUAUAA